UGUUUUUCCUUUAUAUUUGACUGGUUUCCGGUUUGCAUCAAUUUACAAGGAAAAUUAAGUGUAAAAACGGUAACCAGAAAAAAGAUGUGGGAUUUCCAUUUUUCGGAUAGUUCGCUUAACCCCAUAUAAAAGGGCUUUUUGGUAAUGGAUUAUUUAUAUUGCUAUGGACAGUUAUAAUGACGAUAUUGAAUUGUUGAAACAGUCACCAGACGAGAAUAGGGAAGAUAGUACAACUAGUCAGCUAGACUCUAGUUUAAACCCAUUAGAUGUCAUAAAACGAGCGAGAUAUUCUGACGAAAGCUUUGAUCAGGCUCCGAUACAUGCUCUUCAAACAGCUUUUACUUCCUUACAGAAAAUACAUAAUGAUGAGGUGAAAAAGAAUAAGAAAUUGGUAAGGGAGAAUCAGUCAAUGAAAAAAGCUCUGAUGGAUGCAACUCAGGGGAACCAGCCGAGAUAUGAGAAUCAGGAUAUGUAUGAUACCCAGGUUGCUCACGCAGCAGGGGGAACCAGUGAGGAUGAAUCCCUGGCUGAAAAUAGAGCUAGACAGGGACAUGUUAAUCAUUUAGAAAGAGAACUUUUGAUUACCACAAAUGCUGUACAGAAAGGAAAUGAAGAAAUCUUAAGACUUAAAAACAGCAAUGAAAUGUUAGAAGAGAAAAUAGUAAAAUUACUUAGAAACAAUGAAGAAUUCCGCUCAGAUAAUGAAGAAAUGUCUGAAGCAUUAAAAAAUUUGAAUAUCGAGGUCAGCAGAAAGACUUUAGAAAUUGAACAAAUGAAAAAUGCCCUGCAGUCAGAACAAGAACUUAACCACAACUUGAAACUUAAACUUGAAUCAUCGCAAGAACAGUAUGAUAACUUGCAAAGAACUGGGUAUUCUGGUCAAAGUGAAGUACAGAAUUUAAAAUUAAAGUUAACCCAACUUGAAAAUGACUUAAGAAAGUCCUACUCAGCUUCACAAUUUCGGGAACUUGAACGAAAGUUAAAAGAAUCAGAAGAGAGUAAAGGUAUAUUGGAAGCUAAAUGUAAACAGUUAGAAAUAGAAUGUAAUAUAAGGAGUGAACAGAGACAACAAGAAGAUAGUGAUGAUGUUGAUGGGGAUGUAGAAACAUUAAAAAGAGCUCUAGAAAUUCUUUAUGUACAACAAAAAGAGGUUAAAGAACUUAAAAGAAAAAUCGAAGAGCAACAUGAAAUUAUUAUACAGAUACAAAGCACAGGUAAAAAACACCAAGGAAAGUCACUUGAUGUGUCUACAAUUCGACCAGAAGCUCAAGGGUCUUCUUUUAAUCCUUAUCAGGAACACGUAUAUGAGAAUCAUUCUGAUUUACAUCAAAAUUCACAAUUUGUUCAUUCUCAGUUGUCGAGACGGCAAAGUGAUAAGGGAGACUAUAGGAGCCAAAGAAGUCAAGGGCCGAAAACAAGUCCUAGAGUUGAAGAUAAAUUACGACCUACUGGACAAUUAGCACACAUGGUUGCCAUGGAAUCAAACAUGGACCGUAAACGAAUGGAAUCAGCCGGAGCUUUCGAGUCAUCAACAAGUCCUAAUAGAAACAGAAGUCCUGGUGAAAAUGUACAUGAUUCAAGGUUUAAUAAUAAUAUAGGAUCUAAAGGUUCCGAUAACAUGUUUGUAAGAUCUUUAGUUCCAGUCAGUCAGCCGACAUUUGCUCAACAAAAUGUAAGAAGUUCCGUUAGUCCAAGAAAUGGAAAUGGUCAUGAAGCUUACACUACAAGAUUCACGGAAUCUCCUUGUAUAAGUAAUGCCCCUAGUGUUUCAAAUAAUCAAGUAUUCUUACAGUCAAAUUCGCAAGAAACAGCUUAUGUUCAAGCCGGAGCCAGACCAAGAGUUUCGACAAAGUUAACAGCUACCGGUUAUGCAAAUCACUUUGAAAGUCAAGAAUUUCCAUUAGAUGAAAGACUGAAACCACAACAGAAAAUUCCUGAUAGAAUGACUCAGUCGGAAAUUAUAGUAAAAAAUAGACCAGGGUUAGAUAAUAAUCAAAUGACCCGAUCAGUCUUUGACCCCUUGCGAACCCUUGAAAUACCCCAAACAACUAGUAAUAGGCAAAAUGAGUUUGUACAAGGGGAAACCUCCGCAGUUAGACAAAAUAUACUAUAUGCAAGUGAGCACGCUUAUCAGAAUGACUAUAGAGAACAUUAUGAUAUUGGACCUGAUUAUGAAAAUAUUUAUAACGCAAAUGCACAAACUGAAACGAAACGUCCAAUAGAGGAGCAUGAAGAUACUGUGUUUACGACAGCCAAUGAGCGUGGCUUUAACAUUAUUACCAACCCAGUACAAGAGGAAACAGGUGACACUAAUGUGGCGGCAGUUAAAAUAUGCCCAGUUUGUAACGAGGAAUGUUCGCGUUUGACCUUAGACCAGUUUCAGAUGCACGUAGUUGAAUGUUUUGAUAAUAAUGAUGAAUCGCCUGCGACUCUCCAGCCAGCAGCUAGCGGGAAACAUCAAGAGGAAGAUAGAACUUGCCCUAUGUGUGAAGCCGUGUUCCCUGUAACAAUACCGCAGGAAUCUUACGAGCAGCACGUCCUCGCACACUUCGGGGAGGAUCCUCAUUUAGGAAGAUUUGAAAUGUUGCAAUAGUUCAAGCUUUUUGUUGAAUGAUUUUCUUAUUAGUUUAAUAUCUUUUAGUUCAUUUAACAUAAUUUAUUAUAUAACUUGAUGUUGAUUUUCUUUGCUAGCAAUUUAAAUAAUUAACUAAUUCUAGGCAAAACUGUUUUACCAUAAAAUACAAUUUAUUGACUAUUUUAUAAAAGUUUUGCAUUAUUAUAAUAAUUAUUUACGAGUCUAGUAAUGAUCUCUUGAAAAAAAAUUGACCAAUUGCAGACAAGGUCAUUUAAUUAGUGAAAAUAUUCAAUGUCCCAGAUAUGUCGCCUGACAUUAGAUGUAAAAGCAGUGUUAACAUGUUAAGGAAACUUUAAAUAUUGUUCAUAUUAUAUGAAAUGUAUCUUGUACAUAAACAUGGAUUUUAUUUGUGUUACAAGAUUUGUGAAAAGAAAAUUUUGUGUUAUAUUUGUGGAAAGUGAUUUUAAGUGUUUGUCCAAAAUUCUUUGUCUAAUCAGUAUUUCAGAAAGAUUGAAAUUUUAAAAUUUAUAUUUAAUUCAAAUCAAUACUAUUAAUGUAAUUUAGUGUGAUGCUUUGUGCCUUUUACUGAAAAGAGUGUUAAAUUAUUUUGUUUUUUUACAUGGCCAUCUGCCUAUAGAUUUGAUUGUGUGUUUUACAAUUAUGCUUGUGUUAAAACAUUGUAACAUAACCAAAAUUAGGAAAGGUAGGGGUUGAUAUGUUUGGGAAAUUUUUUAAGACAGGAGGGGAAUUUGAGUAAUGAUACCAUAUUUAUGAUACGAGGUACAUUAAUUAACUGCAGUUGUAAGAACCACUCGUGUUAAAGGAAGGAUGUAUAAAAUAAAUGUUAACUAUGAAAAGUUUUUAUAACUUAAGUAUUUAUUCAGGAAGUAUUGAACAUGUACUAGUAUGAUAUUUAAACUCAGGUGUUGGUUUUACAAGGGAUUGUUAAACAAAUAUAUUGUGUAUAUUAAAGGGACUUCGCUGAGCUUUAAUAAAAAUGACGGGACUAGAAAUAAUUUUUCGAGAUUAAUGCUCAAAUUGAUGCCGAUCUAGACCAAUUACUUGUGUGCAUAUGACUGAUUGUUCGCUCAAUCCAUUUUUUGAGAAAAAAUAUUCUUAUUGUGUAAAAUGACCGAAGAACAGCGCAAUAUACAAUUUUCAAUUUACUCCAAGUAUGUUUGUUUAUUAUCUUUUGCAUAAUUAUUUCUAUUUUUAGUGACCCAACCUACAUCUAUGUAGGAAAUUCAAGUUUUAUGUUUUAUAGCUUUAGGACCUCAGUGGAGUUCCUUUAAAAGUAUAAUAACCAUCAUUAAAUGUACAUAAUAUACAUGUAUAUAUAUAUUAUGCAAAAUGAUACCAUUUUAAUUGAAAUAGAAGACUUAUACUAUUGUGGUAGAUAUACAUUGUCAAGGACAAUACUGAUUUUUAUAGGACUAGUUCAAAGCUGUAAAACCUACAUUGGACAAGACCUAGUAUUGUUUACUAUUAUGUUAUACAUACAACUUUAAGCACUGUCACAUCAUUUUGUUUUGAGUGCAAUUUUACUGAAAAGGCUUUACAAUUGGCUUUGAGCUUAUUGUUUUUAUUUAUUUUAUUUUAAAUUUGGUUUUCUCAGAGGUUUUGUUUCCACAAUUCUAUCCUUCACUAUACAUGUAUUGCAAUUUUUCAAUGUUGGCAUUUUAGCAGGGACUAUAACUCUGUGAUCUUUUCAGAAAUACUAUAUAAAAAUAACUUGAUAGUCAUGAAUAUUGCAAUUCAAGAUAAAGGUUUGAACCUGGUCUAGUUUAGGAUUAGUGAUUUAUAGAUCCUGAUCAACAAUGUUAAUCUUUUAUUAUAUUUAUAUAUAUUAAUUAAUAAAUCAUACUUGUAUAUAUAUCUUAAAACGUUGUGCCUGCAAAUUGUUGCAAAAAUUUCAGUCUUAUUGUUAAGAAACACAGGCAUGUUAGAAUCACUAAAAUAACAGUGUAAUCUGAGCAUAUUUGUUUAAAUUGUAAUUUGUUUAGUAGGAAUAAUAAAUUUUCAAUGGCAA